CGCCACACUCAUUGACCAAAACCGUGACGCUCUUUCUAGUACGCCGCCACCACAAGAUGCCAACAGAACUGCCAUAUGCUGCCGACGCCGAGAUAUCUCUUUCGUACGACGAGCUCGAGGUCCUGCGGAGACAGUAUCAGAGGGAACUUGAUCAGGCCCAUGUCACUAUCCAGACGAAAUUCAACUAUGCGUGGGGCCUGGUCAAGAGUCCGUUCCGAGAUCACCAAGUAGAAGGUGUACGCCUGCUGCAAGAAAUCUACCGCGCUGAACCUACUCGCAGACGUGAAUGUUUGUACUACCUGGCACUAGGUCAUUACAAGAUGGGCAAUUACGAGGAAGCCAAGAAAUUCAACUCACUGCUAAUGGACAAGGAGCCCACAAAUCUUCAAGCGCAGAGUCUUCAGACUCUUAUUGACCAGAAGGUCACCCGCGAGGGUUACAUUGGAAUGGCAAUUGUGGGCGGAGUGGCGGCACUGGGCGCGCUCGUCGCAGCCAGCGUGAUACGGCGAGCAACCCGCAAAUAGACUUUUUGAAUCCGAUGUCUGACAUACGUGCUCUGCAUGCUCAAAAAUCACGAACUCAUGAACUCAUGACCUUUCGCCUGCCAUUUGGACACUACUACGCUUACCUUCACCCUUCGUUACUUGAUCGCAUUAUUGCAUUACAUUACAUACAUGAGCCUUGUAUUAUCACACCUACAGCCACCACUAGGCUAUACAAUUUGCCCUGCAAAAGUG